AUGACUAAACUCCGUGGACUAAACGCUGGUCAUUUAAAUAUUAUCAAGCAGUCUGAACAUCACCUUUGGACCGCAACGCUGGUAGCUAUGCGAUGGGAUUGGGAAGGCAUAACUAUGCAGAAAUCCACCAAACAUUUUAAAUGGUACUUUGAUGAUUAUGCCGCUACCCCGUUCCGGCGUGAGGAUGUCAUUACGAAGCUCAACUGGUGUUGCAGCGAGCUGAUGACUACACAAUCGGGUCACGAUGACACGGCGCCUCCACGAGUUCAAGAUGGAUACUGGAACGGCCAUGGCAAAGCAUUUGGACGCCUUCGACGAGCUCGUUGUCGGUCUUCAGACGCUUGGAAAGCCUGUCGACGAGGCACGGCAGCUGGUAGUGCUACUGACCAGCCUUCCAGCCGAAUACGAGCUGAUACCAUCUACCAUCGAAAACUUCAAGGACAUCAUGCUCAUCGAGGUGAAGAGAAGCUGUUAAAGGAGUGUGAACGGUUGGAGAGAAAAAACACGACUCCAGAACGAGCGUUCAAGGUUAGCACUGGACGAUUCGAGGGCAACAAGGGGAACGGUCGCAAGUGGAUCGAUCAGAAGAAAAACGCUAAUGGUUUCGAGGCAAGUGUUUUAAAACGUGUAAACGGAUGGGUGAUCGACAGCGGAGCGACCGCACACAUGACCCCGCACCGUUCUGAUCUGUUCGCGUAUGAGAACGUGAAUAGUGGCAUCGAAGUAACAAUCGCUGACGGAAUGAAGCUGCAGGUCACUGGCCGUGGUACGGUACGCUUGAUUGGACUGGACGGUAAACGGAUUAUGAUGGUUAAAGUCCUUCACAUCCCGGGCUUUGAUCGGCGUCUAUUGUCAGUGGGAAAGUUCGCUGAUCGUGGCCUGAACGUGGAGUUCCAGCGAUCCGCAUGGGUUAUAUGGGGCACGGCUAGCGCAAUUGCAAAGGGUAAGAAGGUGGGCAAGGCGUACAUAUUGGACUGUGAACACGAAGAAGCUCAAUUCGUUCAGUACGUCGAGGCUGGCAGCAAGUGA